AUGAACAAUUUACAAAGUGUAAUUGAUCGUCAGCUAGGUAUUUAUGGUCGGUUUAACUACGAUAAUAUUCUGAAACGGUUCGUGGUCUACGAGGAUGAGUCUUAUUAUGGACUGCAGAGCAAUGCUCAGGCUGCCAAUUUCGAUCAAGACUCACCUAUAUUUGCUUGUCGCUUCUCAGAAGCUUCAGGAUAUGAACACAUAGUAGCACUGGCAGAUGAAGACGGUCAGGUUACUAUUCAGGAUACAUCAACAGCAUCAAAAGCUAAUUCUUUGGAAGGGUUUCAAUGUCAUGAUAAUGCUGUUUUUGAUUUAGCUUGGAUGCCUAAACACAUGAAUUUUGUCACAGUUUCAGGAGACCACACGGCUAGCCUGUGGAAUGUUGCAGAAUCUGCACCUAGACGUGUAGUUUUAUUCACUCACCACACGCGUUCUGUAAAAACAGCCGUGUUCCGACCGCAAGAGCCAGCCGUGUUCGCGACGGGCGCUCGAGACGGUCGAAUCCUUAUUUGGGAUGUUCGAGCUAACAAUCAACCUUCUGUAGUAGUUAAGCCCGAUAACUGCUUAGUAAACUGCCACUCUUUAAGUUUUACACCCAAAACCCCCGGAUCACACUCUAAGAGAGCUCGCCUUGAUCCCCACCGUGCCAUAUCAGUCACUGGUCUCGUUUUCCAAGAUGACCAAACGCUCAUCUCAUGUGGAGAAUGCGAUGGAAUUAUCAAAGUGUGGGACCUACGCAAGAAUUACAGUGUACACAGAAGGGAGCCCCUUCCGAAACACGCUAUACCGUACUGCGGAAUGUCCACUAAAAAUGGUUACACGAAUCUUAUCAUUGAUAACGCUAGAAUGCGUCUUUAUGCAAGUUGUAUGGAUAAUUAUAUUUACUGUUUCAAUAUAUCCACUUACAACACCAUACCUGAGCAAAGAUACAGGGGACAUGAAAACAGUACAUUUUACAUUAAGACUAGUUUAAGCCCGGAUAGUAUGUAUCUUGUCAGUGGAAGUAGCGACAAAAAUGCCUAUAUUUGGAAUGUCAAGUAUUCUGAUCCGAUCGUUAAACUAACUGGGCACUGGGCUGAAGUGACUUGCGCUGCUUGGUGCCAGAAGGGCGACGUAAAAAUCGUGACAUGCAGUGACGAUGCUCGCCAUAAAAUUUGGAGAAUCGGACGCGAGUGCCUCGAAGACGAUGUGAAAUAUGAAGGUAAAGCUGAAAUCGUCCCACGCAGAGAUAUCUCUCACCCCGAUCUAUGGAAGGCUAGGCAUAUUGACUUGACACCGAAUUCUCUAAAGAGAAGAUUAGGCAGUAACAGGUCGAGUUCGCAGAGCCCAAAGCGUAUGCGAACAGAAAGUGCCACGGGAAGAAAAACAAAACGAUGCCUUACAGACCUCAUGAACGCGUCUAAGGGUGACGAGUCUCUAGCAAAGAGACUUAGACCAGAUGUUAUUCCUGAAGAGGAAGAGCCAAAGUUAUUGCCAGCGGGUUCUAAACGCCACUUAAACGAUGAUAGAGAUAGUGGGAAGAAGGUUUAUAAUUCAGAUCCAAUCCAAACGGCAAGCGAGUGCUAUAUUGCGCAAGCUAGUUGUUCUUUUACAACUCCCACCAAAAAUUAUGAAAAAAAAUCCUGCAAACUUCUUUCGCCAAAAAGCCCUAAAGCUAUUUCGCCAUCUACAAUGUCGAACAGAACUCCAGUCAAAGUCACCCCAAGCAAAGUUAGAAUUAUCUCUUUCUCCACUCCUACAGAAAAUUUGCCUAAUUACGUACUGACUGGUGAAGCACCGCACCUAAGCCUAAUGUCACCGGUGAAGAAAAAACAGGAUACGACAAAUUGGUUGACACUGAUGGUUCGACAGAAGAAAGGAAAAGUGGAAGACAAAGUUCAAGUUACGUCAGCCCCUCUUAGUCCAAAAGACCAAAACACACCAACGCGAAGAAAUUCAGCCACAGAAAGACUGCCAAAAACAAACAAACAUGGGACGCUACUUAAAUAUUUUAGUGUUUCCAGACGAGAGAACUGA